AUGGUUCAGCAUUACCAAGAUGCGAUCGCAAUAUGUCGAAAGAUGAGAUUUCCUGACCUUUUUGUCACAUUCACAUGUAACCCAAAUUGGUCAAAAAUUCAACAGGAGGUAGCGCGCAUUCCAAAUCGACGGACAGAGGAUAUACUGGAUAUACUUGCGAGAGUUUUUCGAAUUAAAUUGAAACAACUUAUGGCAUAUUUCAAGAACCGAAAAUUCUUUGGCAAAAUAAUUGCAGAUAUUCACGUCAUCGAAUUUCAAAAGCGAGGAUUACCGCAUUCGCACAUUAUCUUGACAUUAUCAGCAGAUGACAAGAUAAAAUCGCCAGAGGAAAUUGAUGAUAUAAUUUGUGCUGAAAUUCCUGAUAAGGAUGAAGAUCCAUUAGCAUUUCAAACAGUGAUGAGGUGCAUGAUACAUGGUCCCUGUGGCAGUGCUAACCCAAAUGCCCCAUGUAUGGUGAAUGGAAAAUGUUCAAAACAUUAUCCGAAGAAUUUUUGCAGUGAAACAAGUAUUGAUGAAAAUGGAUUUGCUAUCUAUAGCAAAUUGAUCAAGUACUUAUAUAAGUACAUACAUAAAGGUCCUGAUCGUGCAACGGUUGCAAUUGAAGAUAAUGUUAAUCGACAUAACAUUGAUGGACAAAGUCGGUAUAGAGAGGCUGAUGAGGUAAAACAAUACUUAGAUUGUCGAUAUAUUUCCACAAUUGAAAGUUGCAGGCGUAUAUUUGAGUUUGAAUUGCAAAAGCAAUACCCUUCAGUUGAACGGUUGCAGUACUAUCUACUUAGGGAACAAUCUAUUCUAUUUAGAUACACAGAUAACAUUCCGUCAAUUAUUAAUCAGCCGGGGGUUCACGAGACAAUGUUUACAAGGUGGUUUCAAGCAAACAGAGAUCAUGUAGAGGCAAAUACAUUAACAUAUGAAGAGUUUCCUAGCUCAUGGGUUUGGAACCAGAAACAGAAGAAGUGGAAAAUGAGGCAACAACAAAUAUGCAUAGGUAGAUUGUAUUAUGCACAUCCUAAUUCUGGUGAACGAGAUUAUUUACGUAUACUGCUUACCAAGGUUCGAGGUGCAAAAUGUUAUGAAGAUAUUAGAACUGUUAAUGGCAUUGUGCACCCAACAUUUAAAUCUGUAUGCCUUGCACUUGGCUUACUUGACGAUGAUAAUGAAUGGGACGCAACUUUAACAGAAGCCUCAACAUGGGCAUCAGGUGCUCAACUGCGAAAUAUGUUUUUCUCAAUGCUAAUGUUUUUUGAGGUUACAAAUGCAUAUGAAUUGUGGGAGAAUCAUUUGUUUGACCUUACUGAUGAUUACAAAAUAGGGUACAAAGGUAUUGCAGCUUUGCUCUUACCCGGGGGACGAACUGCCCAUUCCCGUUUCAAGAUUCCACUUGACCCUGAUAACUCAUCAUGUUGUUCAAUAAAUCAAGGGACAUAUUUGGCAAGGUUAAUUCAAGAGGCAUCGUUAAUUAUAUGGGAUGAAGCACCAAUGGUUAGUCGUCAUGCUUUUGAAGCUGUUGAUCGUACAUUUAGAGACAUAUUGAAAAAUACAGAACAUUGUUCAGGGGAUAGGGCUUUUGGUGGAAAACUAUUGUGCUUGGUGGUGACUUUAGAAAAAUAUUGCCUGUUAAAUAUGCAUCUUACAGCACAAGAUAUUUCUAAUCAUAUGCGUCAUGAAUUACGUGACUUUGCAGAGUGGAUUAAAUUGGUUGGUGAAGGGAAAAUAAUGGGAAGCUCAUUUAGUGAAGGCUAUGAACCCAAUUGGAUACAGAUACCAGAAAAAUUUGUUAUAAAAAAUGGAGAAAGAGAUUUGCACCAGUUAAUCGAUGCCACAUAUCCUGAUUUCAUAAAUAAAUAUCAGGAUAUGUCGUACUUAAAAGAACGAGGCAUUUUAGCUCCUAAAAAUAGUGAUGUUGAUGAAAUCAAUUCUAUUAUGCUUUUAAUGCUUCCUGGAAAGAUGAAAACUUUUAACAAUGCCGAUAAAUUGUGUCCAACAGAAAGUGAGAGCAAUGUUCAAGACAUGAACCCUCCUGAACUUUUGCAUUCUUUGAAUUUACCAGGACUUCCAAAUCAUUGUUUGCAGUUGAAAGUUGGAACACCAAUAAUGCUUCUAAGAAAUGUCAACCAAUCUUUGGGAUUAUGCAAUGGCACUCGAUUAAUUGUUGAUGAGAUGGGAAAUCGAGUAAUUGAAGCUAGAGUUAUUACAGGGUCUAGAGUUGGUGAGAAAGUACUACUUUCAUGUAUUGUUUUAACACCUUCCAAAAAUCAUGUUCCUUUUACAAUGAAAAGAAGGCAAUUCCCAAUAAAGCUGGCAUUCGCUAUGAUAAUAAAUAAGAGUCAAGGGCAAACUUUGAAGAAUGUGGGCCAUUAUCUUCUGAAUCCAAUCUUCUCUCAUGGCCAGCUGUAUGUAGCUCUAUCACGUGUCACCUCCCCAUCAGGCUUAAAGGUGUUGAUUAUCAAUAAACAAGGCACACCGGAUGAUGUCACCAAAAAUGUAGUUUACAUAAAAGUUUUUAGUGGCAUUGAUCAAUAA